AUGGAUACAUCUGACUGGAGAGCUCAACUGCUACCCGAUUCACGCUCAAAGAUUUCCGAUAAAAUACUGGACACAUUAAAAAGACAUCUUCCUGUUUCUGGUUCUGAGGGUUUACUUGAACUUCAAAAAAUUGCUCAAAAGUUUGAAGGCAAAAUAUUUAUGUCUGCAAUAAGUCAGUCUGAUUAUUUACGGCAAAUAUCCUUAAAGAUGCUAUCGAUGGAGACUAAAUCUCCCAACACCAUUACCAACAAUAUACUGCCUAGUCAAGGAAAUUUUGGAAUAGCUCCUAUUCCAGGAGGAGCUGUGUCUAAUGACCUUAGGAAUCAAAACAAUAUUGGGUUUAACUCCACUUACAAGACCAAUAUUUCCGCUGAGGUGCGACCAAGCUCUUCUACGCUCUCAUUUGGACAGGAGAUAGAUUAUCCGACACAGCCUGGCCGUUUUAAGCGAAAGAAGGUACCUUUGGAGAAUUCUUCAUAUUCUUUUGAAAGGACGGAGUCUGGAAUCCCCAAAGAUUCUUCUGCUACAAUUGGUACUCAUGACCAUAAUAACUUGUUUCUUCAAAGUGAAGUUUUUAGUUUUGCAGGACAAAUGGAGCCUUCUAAAGUUGUUUCACAUGGUUUGGAGCACAUCUUUGAUGUCAUGGCCACUAAUACGAUGUGGCUCAACUCUGUUGCUACCCAGGCUAAAGGUGUUUUUAAAACUUGGCCUCAUGAGAAGAUGAAAUAUGAAGAAGACCUCCAACGUCUGACCGACGAAUUGCUGAAUAAAGAUGAGUUAAUUGCUCAACUAAAGGAAGAGAACACUAAGUUGGCAACCAAGUCGGAGAAGGAAAAAUCUGAGCUCUCAUCCCAACUAGAAUCUUGGAAGAAGGCUUGUGAAAAUGCUAACACAUUGCUGAAAGAUGCCAAUAAAUCACUAGUGGAGGUUCGGAAGAAAAACUCUGAUCUUGGAAAAUCUUUUGGCAAGUUAAGUAAAAUAAAAACAGAAGCAGUUUGA